GCCAAAAAUAACACCUCCUCUUGUUCAGCACCCAAAGUCGAAGGAUAGCUCUGGCCUUUCAAUGGAAGAAAGUGCUAGAUUUGUCAGUGUUGUAUAAUUUAACCAAUUCUCAGUGUCCAUAUUUGUUUUGGAACGAUCGGAAUUGUCUUCAGUUAAUGUGAGAGACAGAACUGGCGUCAAACAUGCGUAAAAAUCAACGCUGUCCAAGCAGGGAACCACCGAGAAAGGAAUUAUCGCCGCUCAUCUGAGGCCAAUCUCGAUUAUUUUUGUCAAAUAAGGAAACAUAACAUAGCUAGCCGGCUAACGUUAGCUCAGUACAUAGCUAGGUUAACGACAUAUCUUCACACAAAAGCAGAAUCCGGCAGAUAAUCAAGAUUGGAUCUACAUUCGCACAGCAGCAGGAAAACCUAUAGGCAGCAAUGGGUGCAUUCCUGGACAAGCCGAAGACGGAGAAGCAUAGUGCCCACGGUGAGGGCAAUGGGCUGCGUUAUGGCCUGAGCUCCAUGCAGGGCUGGCGGGUGGAGAUGGAGGAUGCCCACACAGCUGUGGUGGGUCUCCCCCAUGGACUCACCGAUUGGUCCUUCUUUGCUGUCUACGAUGGCCACGCAGGCUCCCGGGUGGCCAACUACUGCUCCGGUCACCUGCUGGAACACAUCUUGUCAGGAGGGGCCGACUUUCGUUCAGGGCCGGGCUCUGUGGAGGGUGUGAAGGACGGCAUCCGCUCGGGCUUCCUGAACAUUGAUGAGUACAUGCGCAGCUUCACUGACCUGCGGCAGGGCCUGGACCGCAGCGGAUCAACAGCAGUGUGCGUGUUGCUCAGCCCGACCCACCUCUACUUCAUUAACUGCGGCGACUCGCGGGCCGUGCUGAGUCGAGACAGCAAGGUGGGCUUCUCCACCCAGGACCACAAGCCCUGCAACCCCCGCGAAAAGGAGCGCAUCCAGAACGCUGGAGGCUCGGUCAUGAUCCAGAGGGUAAACGGCUCCCUGGCUGUGUCCCGGGCCCUGGGGGACUACGACUACAAAUGUGUGGAUGGUAAGGGCCCCACGGAGCAGCUAGUGAGCCCCGAGCCCGAGGUUUGUGUGUUGGAGCGAGCGGCCGAAGGAGACGAGUUUGUGGUGCUGGCGUGUGAUGGAAUCUGGGAUGUCAUGUCCAACGAGGAGCUGUGUGAGUUUGUCCGCUCACGACUCCUGGUGUGUGACGAUCUGGAGAAGGUCUGUAACUCAGUGGUGGACACCUGUCUGCAUAAGGGGAGCAGGGACAAUAUGAGUGUGGUGUUGGUGUGUUUACCUGGAGCUCCCAAGAUCUCAGAGGAGGCUGUGAAGAAAGAAGAGGAGUUGGAUAAAUACCUGGAGACCCGUGUUGAGGAGCUGCUGGGAAACUGCGGGGAGGCGGGAGUCCCUGACCUGGUGUCUGUCCUGAGGAGCAUUGCCACAGAGAACAUCCCCAACCUCCCACCUGGUGGUGGCCUGGCCAGCAAACGCAGUGUGAUCGAAGCAGUGUACAACAAGCUGAACCCUCACAGAGAAGAGGAAGGGGCCUGUGCGGGGGGAGAGGAGGAGAGUGAGGAGGGAGGUGGCAGUACGGCGGCUCAUCUGCUGGAGGCUCUGCGGCAGUUCCGCCUCCACCACCGGGGGCAGUACCGCGCGGUGCUGGAGGAGUCCCUGGCCGCCUACCACGUGCGAGGGGAGAGCGCUGCCGAGGGAGCCGGGGAGAGCAGGAGGACCUCUGACGGCGACCGCGACAGUGACGACGACAUCCAGGAGCAGCCUGCCUCCCCUCCCUCUCCCCCCUCGCCCCCGCCCUCACCUGCCACUGCAGAGCCGGAGGCCAGCCAAGAUGCGCCUGCCCCUGUGUCCGAUUCCUCCUCUGACUGAGCACCCCACCCGCAUAACCCACCCACCCACCUAUCUGUCCAACUCCAAAGCUCUAAUCAGAUCUGCUAUGGCCUCUCCUCCUCUUUCCUUCAUCACAGAACUUGAAUGGACACAUCGGCCGUUUCCGGCUCUCUCAUUGUCUGCAACCCCAGCUGCUAUUGCCAUUCAUGAAUAUUUUAGUAAUUCUUUGGAAAUAAAAAUGGCCCCUCUGUCUAUUCAAGUUCUGUCUCCGAGCCACAUGAAUACCAUCUACCUAAUGAGGACUGUUUCUUUUUCUGAUUUGUGUCCCCUGUCCUCUGACCACCUUGGCUUGGAUUCUCCAAACUUUCCCCAGCCACUUUUACUACUUAACCACACAGACUCAUGUUUACAACAGCAAAGAAUGAAAACAAAUUAUAAUCAAUUGCAAAAGUGGCUGAUGAAGCAAAUAAAAUGAACAUUGCACUCCAUGACCCACAUUUACCAGUGUUGGCUUCUGGCUGAUAUCCCUGAAUCCCCAGCCCCCCUCAGCCUCGCCCCCACUCCUGCUUACAGUGGACGAACUGACCAAGAAAAGGAGAGGAGACACUCUGAACUGCAGCUGUGUCUCCAGGCCUUUAACUCCAUCUACAGACUCAGAACACACUCUUUUGUGCAUAUGUAUGUAUGUAUGUGUGUGUAUGUGUGUCUGCAUGAGUCUGAGAGACCAAUCAUCACUACAUAACCUUGUGAUUUUGGUAGUUGAUGACACUCGAGUGUUAGCCCAUUUAUCAGCAUGUUCAGCGAUGUUGGGUUUGUUCAAAUCACUGGGCAGUUUAACCACAGAGGGAUGCUUGUGUGGGUGGGUUCGUGGGUGUAGUUAAAGCGACAGUUUUCAUUUAAAUCAUUCUCUCACCACAUAUCCCUAAUUUCACAUCACCACUGUUAAAACACUGCCUCACUAUCACACACAGAGGGUAAAAUGUGUUUCUGUCAGGUGUUAUUCAGGUGAACAAAGACAUGUCAGUAACACUCAGGGAAGCAGAACAUGUUGUGGUACCAGGCAACCAAAGUGGUCAUAAAAUUAACAGUUUAAAUGCAAAUAAACUAAAAGUCUGCACUGAGGCUAGUGACCCUCUAAGGCUGUAAUAUUCAUUGCACACGAGAAAAAAAAUUUGAACUUCACAAGUGAGGAAAUGGUGUUGCCAGGUUAAAGUUCAUUCAAUCAAAAGGCUUUGUACAGUUUGUCAGCAGCUCACAUCACAGCUUUUGUCGGCGUGGGAGACAGACCUGGAUGUUUUCCAUAGAAAGGCUCAGGGGAGUGGCUGUGUACUGCUUUUUCAUGGAGAUUACAGUGAGGAAACACUUGCGAUAUAGCAUAAAUCUUACUUUUGUGCUGCUUGGCAAAAUUUAUUUUUCAAGCGUGGAAUGAGCUCAGUGUUGCCCCUUCUGGCCAAUGAAAAAAAAAAAAAACACAAUCUCUCCAACUAACACACACUUCUAGGUCCUUUUUUAAGAUGCUAUUAGACAUGUUACCAGCUGAAUUAGCUGAACUGCUGUCAGUACUGGUUACAUGCAACUGUUAGCGUUCACCUCAAAACACAGCUAACCCUAAGUGCAGCCAUUCUGACAAAGCACAGCUGUGACAGAUGAAGGUUAAGCUCAGUCAAACUGUGUAGAACUGUACCUGACAGGUUUGAGAUAAAAAGAUCUCUGUAAACAAUUAACUUGCUUACUUUAGAUAACAGUAUGACCUUUGACCUGACGACACCCUCAAGCUAACACAUUGUUUGUCAAACAUACGUACAGUUGGCAUGUAAGCACACAUGCUAAAUGUUAAAUGUUAACAUGCUGACAUUUAGUAUUUAACUUGUUAGCACGCUAACAUCCAGUAUGCAAUGUUUAUCCUGUUGGCUUGCUAAUAUGAUAACAUUUAUCAUGUUAACCUGCUAGCAUGCUAUGUCAUCAUUCAUGUGUAUUCUGGGCAUGCUGUUAUAAAUUUUAAAACGUAUCAAUCCAUCCAACAAUAGUUUAACACACUGCACCUCUUGACCAAUAUUUCAUACCUAAAAUCACACUGCUACAGUAGCAUGGCUGAGUAUAUCCAGUCCAGGCCUUAAACGCCUGAUUUAUUUAGCACCUGUACAAUCAAUUACACAUGGACAUAUUGAAUGUGUUUAAUGUGAGAUGGUUGUGUAUCUGUAUUCAGUUCAAAGUAUAGCUGAAGUAUUAAUGUACCUGUUUUAUAUAAAUUUCCCACAACUCAUACUGCCAGAUACUGGUAUUAGCUGUGGCUUUAUGAGUUCCACAGCUUGACUAAAGCCCGCAUACAGCACAUUUUACUCCUCGCAGUUUAUGACAUCGUUCAAAAUGACACAAUCUCAAACUCCUACCUCAUUAUGGAAGUUUGACUCAAACAGACUGCUGAUGCUACAGUGUUUAUUCUUCCUCUUUGAAAGCAGGUAGAGAGAGUCUAUAUAAUGCCCUGUACCCAAUGACUCUGGUAAUGCAUGUACUGCACUUAUCUUUUACAGUAUCUAAGGCACUUAACUAUUGGAGGGGAGGUUAUGCUAAACACUGUGUGUGUGGUGUGUGCGCGUGUGAGUGUGUAUAUGCGUGUUUGUGUAUGUCUGAGAUGCAUUUGUAUGGGUUUACGUGGGCUAAAUCAGUCCCACACAAUUAAAAAUUACAAAUGAACAAAUAAAAAUGAUUUGAGGUAUAAUGCUA